AUGGAGGGGAGGAGGCCAGAGGCAGGCUCGGCGCCGCUGCAGGACUGGGGCGAGGAGACCGAGGAUGGCGCGGUGUACAGUGUCUCCCUGCGGCGGCAGCGCAGUCAGCGCCUGAGCCCCCGGGAAGGGCCGGGGGACGGCCAGGCCCUCAGCCCCAACGCUGACACCUUCCUCCAUUACCGCACCAGCAAGGUGCGGGUGUUGAGGGCAGCGCAUCUGGAGAGGCUGGUGCAGGAGCUGGUGUCUGUAGACCCUGAGCAGGACCCAGGCUUCGUGCCUGCCUUCCUGGCCACCCACCAGGCCUUCGUGCCCACUGCACGCGUUCUGGGCCUUCUCCUGGCACCACCGCCGCCACCCCUGCCACCCUGGGUAGAGAUCAAGAAGACAGAGGGACAAGAUCUGAGCUUCAACAAGAACCUGAGGGCUGUGGUGUCUGUGCUGGGCUCCUGGCUGCAGGACCACCCUCAGGACUUCUGGGACCCCCCUGCCCACUUGGACCUGAGCAGUGUGCGUACCUUUCUGGGCUGGGCUGCCCCACUGGGAGCCGAGGCCCUGGAAGCAGAGAAACUGCUGAGAGGUUUCCUGGAGGAGGCUGAGCAAGAGCAGGAAGAAGAGAAGCAGCCCCAGGCUUCGGCAGGACCUCCUAGAACUACCCAGCCCCCCAGCCCAGACUCCCCGGAAGGCUACCCAGGAGAGGAGGAAGGGCUGGUGCAAGAAGGCCCUGAGCUCCUGGACUUCAGUGUGGACCAAGUGGCUGAGCAGCUGACUCUGAUGGACGUGGAGCUCUUCUCACGCGUGAGGCCCUGCGAGUGCCUGGGUUCCGUAUGGUCGCAGCGGGACCGGCCAGGGGCCGCGGGCAUCGCCCCUACUGUGCGCGCCACUGUGACCCAGUUCAACAUGGUGACCGGCUGCGUGCUGGGCUCGGUGCUCGGGGCGCCUGGCCUGGCUGCCCCGCAGAGGGCACAGCGGCUGGAAAAGUGGAUCCGCAUCGCCCAGCGCUGCAGGGAACUUCGGAACUUCUCCUCCCUGCGCGCCAUCCUGUCGGCCCUGCAGUCUAACCCCAUAUAUCGGCUCAAGAGCAGCUGGGGCGCUGUGAGCAGGGAACCCUUAUCCACUUUCAGGAAACUUUCCCAGAUUUUCUCCGAUGAGAACAACCAUCUCAGCAGCAGAGAGAUUCUUUCCCAGGAGGAGGCCACUGAGGGACCCCAAGAGGAGGAUACUCCCCCAGGAAGCCUCCCUUCAAAACCACCCCCAGGCCCGGUCCCAUACCUUGGCACCUUUCUCACGGACCUGGUUAUGCUGGACACAGCCCUGCCGGACAUGCUAGAGGGGGAUCUCAUCAACUUUGAGAAGAGGAGGAAGGAGUGGGAGAUCCUGGCCCGAAUCCAGCAGUUGCAGAAGCGCUGUCAGAGCUACUGCCUGAGCCCCUGCCCACCCAUCCUGGCUGCCCUGCGUGCCCAGCGCCAGCUCAGUGAGGAGCAGAGCUACCGUGUCUCCCGUGUCAUUGAACCACCAGCUGCCUCCUGUCCCAGCUCCCCACGUGUGCGACGACGAAUCAGCCUCACCAAGCGUCUCAGUGCGAAGCUGUCCAGAGAGAGAGGCUCGUCCCCUGGUGGGAGUCCUGGAGACCCCUCAUCCCCCACCUCCAGUCUGUCCCCAGGGUCUCCCCCAUCCAGUCCUAGAACAAGGGACCCUCCUCCUGGAAGUCCCCCGGCCUCUCCAGGGCCCCAGGGCCCCAGUACCAAGGUAGCAGGACUGUUUGUGUUCCCCAACCCCCACUGCUUAUAGCUGCCCCUUGCCUUGACCCUGAGCUGUCCUCGAAUACCCCUUGUGGGGCAGCAAGGCUCAGAGGCCCGGGUCAUCCGAGUCAGCAUCGACAACGACCACGGGAACCUAUAUCGGAGCAUCCUGCUUACUAGUCAAGACAAGGCCCCCAGUGUGGUACAGAGAGCCUUGCAGAAGCACAAUAUGGCCCAGUCCUGGGCCCGUGACUACCAGCUCUUCCAAGUCCUUCCUGGGGACAGAGAGCUCCUGAUUCCUGACAACGCCAACGUCUUCUAUGCUAUGAGUCCAGCUGCCUCCGGAGACUUCAUUCUGCGGCGCAAGGAGGAGGCCGGGCACACAACCUCAGUCUCCCCGACCUGAACUGAACUGGCCCUCUCCUGCCUCCAGGACGCAGGUCCCAUCGGCAGCUUCUAUCACUAGGGGGGCGGGGAGGGCACUCCUCUCCCAGAAAGCUCCCAUCCCCCAGUAGAGCCCAUUGUGCUCCAUACCCUGUGACCACUACCCCCAACUUUAUUGGGCCCCAUUUCUCUGACAUUCUUGGCACUGGAUCCCUAUUCCAAAGUCUUCAGCUCACAGGGUGGCUGGUGGAGAGCUCCCUCACAUGCUGAGGGUCAGACCCUUCCCCAGAGAACUCUUGUAACUGUUGGAGAUACAUCACAACGAACAGAAAUAGAUGAAAACAGUGACCAAAGAUAUGAAACAGGCGUCAGUCUUCUUUGGUGCCUGUGCCUCAUGUUCACUCUUCAUUAAGAUAAAAAUGGAAAAGAAAAGAAAAAAACCUAAGAGCCCUAAAAAAUGGGUUGGUGAAGCAUGACCGAAUACUGGGGGAGGGUGGCUGUCAUACAGGUUUCAGAACUCCCUCCCCCAACAUUUUUGGGGUAAUAUGCUUCUUUUCUGCUGUGUAUAUGGGAGAUGAAGAAAUGAAAUUCCAUUGGAAUCAGAGACAAAUAGCAUCAUCACCCGUGAGUCAGUAAGGGCCAUGGAGACAAAAGGUGAAGCUAAGUUGUCUCUC